UUUUCUAAAGCGUAUCGUGAAUUUCGGAUAUCUUCGUUUUAGCCUACUAGAUAAAAUAUUGUGUAGCUGUUAAUUUACAUUUUUAAAUAAUUAAAAUUAAUAAUAUUUUUGAUGAAUUUUCAUCGACCUUUAGUAUUUCAUAAAUCCGAGUGGGAAAGAUUAAAAAAACAAACCGAACCGCCAACAGAAAAACCUGUGAAAUACAAUGUAGACUAUCUUAAAGAAUUGAUAGAAAAAUCACAAGAAUGGAUAAAAGCAUGGCCAGACAGCGUUGAAGGUCGUAUAAGAAAAUUAAGAGAGCAAGAGAAAAUACAACAUGAAAAAGACAUGGCAUUGAUUAGAGAGAAGAAGAAAGGCAAGAUAAAAACAUUUAGAGCUGAAGCGGUCAAGAAAGCCAAGAAAAUGAUAUUCGAGGAUAGCUGUUACGGCAAACAGUUAAUCAGUGCUUUCAUCGAAUCAAAAACUUUGGAAGAGAGAGAUGCUCAAGUACAAUUUCAGAAAAAGAUAAGAAAUGAUGCUAUUGAAAAAUCCACAACAAAUUCCAGUUCAUAUUGCACUUUUAAUUUAGAUAAAAAUCAUGAAAAAAAAUUAGAACAUAAUAAAUUAUGUGCUUUACAAUGUACCAAAGAAAACAAAUGGAUGCAAGAACAGAAAGAAAAGCAUGCAGAACAUCUUUUAAAACAACAAAACGAAGAAACGAAGCCACUUCUUAUCGAUAAAAAUAAUAUAGAAGAUGAAAUCACAAAAGAAUAUCAAAAAUCUUUAAAAGAAUACGAGGUUAAGCAACAAACUUUUAAAGAGCAACGUAAAAAACAAGAUGAGUUAGAUGACGCAAUAAUUAAAUUAUACCAGAAAGAACAAAACAAUCGCAAAUGUAAAAUACAAAAAGUAUUUAAUAAGAUCCACAAAGACAAACAAGAGACAACUCAAUACAGACAUGUUUACAAAAUAAUCGAGGACAGUCUGGAAACCCAAAACAAACGAUACCAAUUUAUUGACGAGAGAAUCAAAUCUACAGAACAACAAGAUCUUAUCAAAGAUGCAGAAGAAGCAAAUAAAGCAGAAUUCAAACGCAAAACAUUACAGACCGUAUCUCAAUUCAACCAAAAUAUCCAGAAGAAUCAAGAUGUAUGUUCCUACAAAUAUAUAUGUGAUAAACAAUGCUUGAUACCGACUGCGAAAGAAGACACACGCAAAAAAACACGAUAUUGCGUCAAUCGUGACCAUGCAAAACUACAGAAGACUACACAACUUAAAUUCGACUUCAUUACCUGUACCCAAUUACUAAUUGUUUGGAAAUUUUAAAUAAAACACAUAUUAUUAUACUAAGUUUAUUUAAUAGUUCCUACAACAUUUCCUAUUUACAAAAAUGUCCUUUCAUUCACGUUUGCCGUUACAGCUCCACUGCGAUCCGAUCUACUGAAUAACAUGAUUAAGAUAUUUUGAAAAGUGCAACAUUUACGCUUAUUUAUUAAAUAACAAAAUAAAUAGCUUUAAAUCACAAUGUCCACUACAAUCUCUAUAAGAAAAGAAGAGUGUAGACUAUGGUUUCUCUAUGGUACCGUAAUGGCUUUAAAGAUUGCAUCAGAAUAUAUAAAUAUACUUAUCACAUCGCCGACUUACGGAUAAAAAAUAAAAAAUCGAUAAUCACAUCGCCAUGCCGGCGAUAAGUAAAUGGAAUCUUACGACAACAGCCAAUUACACAAAAAGGUUUUAUGACAUACUGCCACGUGGUAGCGAGGCCAGAAUUU